CAUGAAUGUGAGGUCACUUCAUCUCCAGACAAUAUCCGUGUUUGUCCUCCUUCACUUCAUUGUUUACAGCUUUUAGACUUUCGAUCAGGGUUCAGAUAAUGCUGCGCAGUGCUGCUCCAAACGCAUCCGAUUUGCGCAGGUCUGAGAGGAAGGUGGAAUAAAUGUGAAACAACCUGAAGGCUGAAGCUCAGACACAUAGCAGACUGCAGAGCUGCUGUCUGAAAGCACACAGUAGGAAAUAGAUCAAACUUUGCUGUAAAAACAUGUCGAAACCAAAGUCGCAGCCUCCGACUGGAGCUGGACGCUUCAUCUGCGGGGUGGUGGAAGGUUUUUAUGGGCGACCGUGGACUAUGGAGCAAAGAACAGAGCUGUUCAAGAGGGAGCAGAAGUGGGGGCUGAAUGCGUACCUCUAUGCCCCCAAAGACGACUACAAACACAGGAUGUACUGGAGAGACCUGUACUCUGCUGAGGAGGCAGAACAACUGAUCGCCCUCAUAUCAGCGGCUAAACAGCACAAUGUGGACUUCAUCUAUGCUAUCUCUCCCGGCCUGGACAUUACCUUUUCUAACCCCAAAGAAGUUGCUGCCCUGAAGAGGAAACUGGAUCAGGUGAAGGAGUUCGGCUGCAGCUCCUUCUCUGUGCUCUUUGACGACGUUGAGAGGGAGAUGUGUGCGGCUGAUAAGCGGGCAUUCAGCUCCUUCGCUCACGCUCAGGUGGCCAUCACCAACGACGUAUACCAGCAUCUGGGGGAACCCGAGACCUUCCUGUUCUGCCCCACAGAUUACUGUGCUAGAUUCUGUACUCCCACUGUCUCUCAGUCCUCGUACCUGAACACUGUGGGACAGAAGCUCCUGCCCGGCAUCGACAUCCUGUGGACGGGUCCAAAAGUGGUCUCCCACAAAAUCUCGGUUGAGUCCAUAGAGGAGGUGUCUGCAGUCCUAAGGAGAGCGCCAGUCAUCUGGGACAAUAUUCAUGCCAACGAUUAUGAUCCCCAAAGGCUUAUACUUGGACCCUAUAAGGAUCGACCCACUGAGCUGAUUCCCAAACUGAAAGGAGUGCUCACUAACCCCAACUGUGAAUUUUACUCGAACUUUGUGGCCAUUCACACUUUGGCAACGUGGUGUAAAGCGCUUACUGACGGAGAACCGAGGGACGUGGAAAUGGGUGAUGAGGAACAGGACCCCUAUUACAGCCCCCAGAAGGCCCUGAUGCUGGCCCUCACUGACUGGCUGGAGGAGUUCAUGAGCACAGAUCAACCAGGAGGCCCUCGACCUCCAGCUCGCCUCAAGAAGGAGUGCUCAGAUGAGGAGCCCAUGCAGACAGACAUAGAUGAGAGCUCCUAUGUUACCGGUCCUGACGAGAACCCGCUGUACACCGCCGAGCCUCUGACGCUGGACGACCUGAAGCUGCUGUCGGACCUCUUCUACCUGCCCUACGAACACGGCACCACAACCAUAACCAUGCUGCAGGAGCUGGACUGGCUCAAAAACCACAGACAGGCUACCACUGCAGAGACAGACCAGGGAGCAGAGUGGAGGUUGAGAGCACAGCAGUUUGACAACAUGUGCGAGGCGGUGGUGCAGAUGUUCAACCGACUGUCAAAUGCUCCGAACCGAAGCAUCCUGUACGACCUGUACAACUACAUCUGCGACAUCAAGAGUGGGGUCGGUCUGGCUCAAGCCUACGUGAAAGCACUUGGGUCGGAGGGUCAAGCCUCCACCGAGGUGAUGGAGGAUGACCCUGAACCCUGGAGGUUCAGAGGAGCCCUGUCUGGAGAGUUCCAGAGAAUGCUGCCAGGACACGGAAACAGGGACCUGUUCAGACAAGCUCUCAUGACGGCAGUUUAUUGCAUACGACCCUACUGCCCCGAAGACAAAACGGAGGUGCAGAAGGUUUUCAGGGAGAUGCAGAGAGCAGGAGAUGCCAAAUCCUCCAUGAUGGCACAAACGCCACUCAUCAGCGACAGCCUGUCAGCAGGAGAACUCCUACCUUCCCCUCAGUGUGCUCUUGUCGUGGAGGAUGACAUCGGGAUGUGUGGCUAUGCACUGGCUCUCACUGACGCCAAACCAGCUAUUGCCAAAAUUCAGAGGGCAGUGAGUGAGCCGGUGUUGAAGGAAUUCCCCUCCCUGGUUGUCCUACAAAUGUUGCCCCGGGUCACUGAUCCGUCUGCAGCUAAGUGUAUGAUUGGUCGACUGUUGUCCUCUAUCAGGAGCAGCGGGUCCAAAGGAGUGUUUUGUGAGUUGCGGCACAGCGAUCGGCGAAUGAUCAACUUUUUCUCUAAACUGGGCUCCUUCAAACCCAUACAGAUGGACGGUCUACCUCAGGACAUCCUCACUAUGGGAGCAAGCCUGUGAACACGUUCACUCACAAGGGUUUCCCUCAGGUUUAAAGUGUUUGGAGAUGAAACUCUUGUGUGUGAAUAGUUGCUACAUGGCAGCUUGUUAAACCAAUCCAAACCAAGCUCUAAUGAAGUUCAUUUAGUCCGUGUAAUAGCCAUGUUUCUCAUUCAAGUCAUUCAAAUGCUAAAUGAAACUUGUGUAAUAAAAAUAUACUAAAAUGUA